AUGAAAUUGUGCUUGAUACUUGCGGUUUGUGUCCUGGCGACACUGAUGCCACCCACACAAGCCCUCUUGGGCGCCAAGUUGGCACUCCUGGGUUUGGGUAGAAAUCUAAUCAGCGGCGGUGAUGGUGGCAACGGUGGCGGUUAUGGCAGCGGCAACUAUAACGGUGGCUACUACGCACAGCAGAAUCGUCCCGUUUACAAUGGCGGUUACGGCGGCAGCUCUGGUGGCGGUUAUGGCUACGGACGUCAGUCGUACGCCGGCAAUUACAACUAUGGCGGUUACAGCAACGGCGGUGGUUACAGCGGUAGCAAUGGCGGUGAACAAGUUGUGCGUAUCAUCAAAGUCAUUGUGCCCAAUGAGAAUGUCGUCACUUCGACGAACCAAGCUAGCGGUUACACAAGUGGAGGUUACUCAAGUGGUGGAUACUCAAGUGGCGGAUACUCAAGUGGUGGUGCCUCAAGCGGUGGUUACUCCACUGGUGGUUGGAUCCCAAUUCCAGCACCGACACGUACAGUAGUACAAGCCCCACCAGUACCUGUCCAAACCACAUAUUACUCAGCGCCUGCACCACAACCUGUCGUACAAGUGGCUCCGGCUCCAGCUCCAGUACCGGCACCGGCACCUCAGCCCAUCCAGUAUACGACAAACGUUGCCCAAACUUAUGAGUACAGACAAUCUGCACCACAGCCCGCUCCAAUUCAAGUGCAAGCACCGCCAGCUCCCGUACCCGUGCCCGUCCAAGUACCCGUACAACCCACCUACAUUUCAGCACCUGCACCACGUCCCGUCGUUCGCGUAGUCCCGGCACCACAACCCGUACCAGUCUAUCAAGCACCCUCAGUUGUGCUGCAACCGCCUGCACCACAACCCAUUUCCCCCCCGGUCCAAACAUCGGAAGUCGUGAAAACCAUCAAGAUCAUCGUUGAUGAAGAUAAUAACGGCCAGCAAGGUGACUUUAAUGGUGUGCCAGCUCAAACCUAUGGUCCACCACCACCACAACCCCUGCCACAGCCUCUCCCUCAACCAGCGCCACAAGCAGGUUGGAGCAGCAGCAGUUCGUCGGGUGGUUGGAAUAACGGCUACAAGAGCGGUGGCAUCUGGGAGAAGAUUGGUUGUUAG